AUGGAGUCCUCGGCGACGAAGGACACGAAGGGGUUAUCGUGGCUCGAGGAGACUCGCCUUAUGGAGGCACUCUUCCCGUAUGCUUCUACCCAAUGCAUCAACGAGGCUGUUAUGACAACAGAAAGUGUUGAGGAGACGAUUUUUCGCUUGAAUGACAGUAUAAAUCCUGAUCUUUACAGUGCAUCGCACCUACUAAAAAUGACACAAAAACAAAUGGCUUCCACGAGGAUGACGUGGGAAAAAGCAGCAGCGGCAGCAACAACAACAACACCGUCAUCGGAUCCAGGCAUGAUGGUUGUUGACGGUUGUGGCAAUGAGAUGAACCACACCGUGAAGGAUCCACUGGCCCAUGUACAAUCUCAUCUCCUUUCAAGAUUAGCUCUCUUUGACGAGGACGCGAAUAGCUGGGAGGCCAAUCAGCAACACGAGUACAACGCUACUGUCGCGGUGUUCCCAAUCGAUACCGCCGCAUGGGAUGAUCAUUUUAUUACAUCUGCCACCUUGGCCGAUGUUAUGGGUGCGCAACCACUCGUUCUGCCGACGUCGGCCGAGACGGCAUUUUUGCGGACAAAUGAUGCUGAGGGGAGUGGGGAUGGAAUUCAGGCGCCAAUUAUCCGUUGGGCCCCAACCACUCUGUCACUAAAAGAGGAGCGGGAGGCAAAGAAUAUGAUCCUUUCGGAUGAGGAAAUUUCCUCUUCAUUAUGCGUUCUGCACUCUGAAGAGGGGAAAGAUGACGCAAAUGCGCAAGGCAAGAAUGGGAUGGGCGCCAAGAAGAGAACACCAAUUGUUGAUCUUGCGGAUAAUUCUCCUGUACGCGUCGGCCACGUCUUGCAGACCCCGCUACAGUUCAGUAUACAGAAAGAGUGUGAAUUGAAGAAAAUUAUGGAUGAGCUUGAAAUGAAGGGAGGAAAAGCAUUCUGCAAGAUGGAGCGGAGAAACUUUUGCAAGGAGAUCAUGGAGCGCUGCAAGACGUUUACAGAUUUGCUCCCUGAGUAUUUCCCAAAGUUGCUCCGUGUGAUCGGAAAAGAAAUGGAGGGCAAAGAGCUGUUACCCGCUCUCCAAAACACCUGUUUGAAGGUGUUUGGAAAUACUCUUACAAAUAUCGAGGCGGUGAGAGUUAGAGAGGUGACGUUUGGGCGCUCCUAUGCCUGCUUUAGCGAUAAUGGUGAAUACAUACUGUGGCGUGUGAAAUUGAAGCACCUGGCGUUGGGGCCGGCGUCGUUUACGCUUGCGAAAGCGGGAGGCCGAGGCGACGCAAGAAAAGGAACCGCAAGCGCGAAAGCCAAGGAUAUCAAACUAAAGGCAAAACUGAUGUUGUGGUUGCUUUCGACAGGGCAUUUGAAAGCCACCUGCUACGACACUCACGUCUCCAUUGGCUCUUUGCACACUAAAUGCUCGGUGUUCAGACUGAAUGCGGCAGGCUUCUUAUUUAGAUCUCUUCUUAAGCAAAAACUUAGUUUGUACCUGAGGGAGAUGUUGCGCGAGGGCAUUAAUCUGGAUCUUGCUUAG